AAGCUUCUCCAUUUCUCCAUCAGCAAAAGAAUCUCUCUCUCGCUCCCUUCCUCGUCCGUGAUCAAGCAAUUGAUCCAAAGUGAUAAAAGUAUGGAUAUGAGAGCUCGUCGUCCUUUAUUCUCUUGUUGCAUGAUCUUCCUCAUGGCCAUCCUAACCAUGGCCUCUGCGACAUCGGCUUCCCUAAAGGUUGGCUUCUACGAAGAAACAUGUCCAUCGGCGGAGGCCAUCGUGCGGGAAACAGUAAGCCAAGCCAUCGCCAAGAAUCCCGGAUUCGCCGCCGGGCUUAUCAGGAUGCAUUUCCAUGACUGCUUCGUUAGGGGAUGCGACGCUUCCGUUCUUCUCAACUCAACCCCUGGGAACCCUUCAGAGAAGGAGGCUCCGCCAAACAACCCCAGCCUGCGAGGCUUCGAAGUGAUCGAUGCAGCAAAGGCCGCAGUAGAAGCCAAAUGCCCUUGCAAGGUCUCGUGUGCCGACAUCAUCGCCUUCGCCGCCCGUGACAGUGCCUACAUAACCGGCGGCAACGACUAUGAGGUACCGGCUGGGAGGCGCGAUGGAAGAAUCUCUCUGGCGUCGGAGGCUCUCGACAACAUUCCAUUCCCAACCUUCACUGCCGACAAACUCAAGGAGAGCUUCGAAAGGAAGGGCUUGACGUUGGAUGAAAUGGUGACACUCUCGGGAGCCCACUCCAUUGGCCGCUCUCACUGCUCCUCCUUCACGACCAGACUGUACAACUUCAGUGCCACCCAGCCUCAAGAUCCCUCCAUGGAGCCAGCCUUUGCCGCAUACUUGAAGACUAGGUGCCCCCCAUCGACUGCUAGUCCUAGCGAUCCGACGACGGUGCUUCUCGAUGCCGUCACGCCUACUCGCCUCGAUAACAUGUACUACCGGAAUUUGUUGAAGCAUAGGGGAGUGCUGACUUCAGACCAGACGUUGCAAGAUAGCUCUGAGACCACAAAGCACGUGUGGUACAAUGCAAAGCACCAGUCAGCUUGGGCUGCUAAAUUUGCAUCUGCCAUGGUGAAGAUGGGUUCUAUUGAAGUGCUCACGGGAAGUCAGGGGGAGAUCAGGGAGAAGUGCUGGGUUGUGAAUUCCUAGGUCUUUCUAUAAAAUCUUAACUACUACGAGUGUCUCAGUUUUUUUCCCUAUUCCUUGAUUAUUUUCCCUUCAAUUUGAAGCAAGCAAAUUGUUCAUGUGUUUAUACAAAAACAUGUUGCUGUAACCUAUAAUAUUUUUUAUUCGAUAAAGAUUUCAAGAGAAAUAAUCAGCCAUUAUGUGUGUUU